AUGGGCCCGCUGGCCGCUAUCCUUAUCGUCUGUGUGCUGGGCAUGGACUCUUCGCUGGCUCAGAUGAGCAUGCUGGAGUGUGACACUGACCAGGACUGCAUCGAUGCGUACGGCUUCGGGAACUACUGCUGUGCCCGUGUCAACUCCAUCACCCGCGACCUGCAUCAGUGCAAGCCGAUCGGGCAGGAGGGCGAGCUGUGCCACGUGGGGAGCAACUACCUGCCCUACCCGUUCCGGGGAACCCGCCGCUUCUGGCGCUGCCAGUGCAACUUCCCGCAGUCGUUCUGGUGCGCUCCGGACCCCGACAGCCCGCUGCCGCUCGGAGGGCGCUGUGAGCGCUGGGUCCCGCCGGGCAACUCCACCACCAGCCCGGAAGGUGCCGGCUCUGGCUAGGCGGUGCAGGCCACCUGACGGCAGCGCUGGCUUGAAUCCCUAUUUUUCUUGAUUCCUCUCUUCAAAUCAGAACCAAUUAGUAAUGCCCUGAGAAAGUUGAGUUAACAGUUCCUGAAACGUCCGCUAGGCUGUGUACGUGCACAAAGAAUUUCGUCAAUCAUCCAUGCAGUCAUCAAUAGUUGAGAAAACUGACCGAAAUGUAUUAUUCUUGCAACUUGCAAAUCAAAACUUGUGGCCGUAUUGUGACUUACCACCCUUCAUGAACUACACUGAAUUAGAAACUAUGAGUGACUUACAACUUAUCCAAAUUAAUGCGAGGCAAUGAUAAAAUUAAGUCUAAAUUUAACCCUUACCUUAUCUUAACACUUUUUCCCGUACCCUUAAGGCAGUUUUUCCCGUGCCCUUAAGGCACAUUGGGUCGUCCUUCUCCACGUACUAAGAUGCUGCAAUUCCCUCAUUGCUUUAUACCAGGAGCUAGCGCGCUUCCAGUGACUUCAAGAUCUAUUUCCAAAUUCAACUCUGGUCGGACCAAUUUUCUCUUUCUACAAUCUUUUCAACCUAGCCUGCGUACCAUCCGUUUUCUACGUAGUGAGUGUAAGGAGCCCCGGUAGAAUACGGAUGGUACACAGGCUAUUUUCGACCGUUUCUUUUUUGAUUCUCCAAUCAAGGUCUAGGGAUUCAAUUGGUGUUGCGUCAAGACGAUCACCCAUUAAUGACAUCGAUUCCCGCAUCACACUACCAGGGAACAGUGUGAUGAUAAUAGGGCGGAGCAUGGCUUUCAUUUAGCCUGGAUCAUGUAGUUAGUAGACUCCCCAGGAGUAUAAAUGCAGCGAAAAUUUGACAACCUUGUCACAAAAAAAGGAAAUAAAAACGGAGGUACAUAAAUUUGUCAAGUGUACAACUUGAAUCAAUAAAUGAAUAAAGUUCC